AAGAUGGCGGCGCCCUUGGCGGAGCAGCUGCGGGAGCUGCUCGAUCCCCGGCCCGCCCUGCGCGACCCCGAGGACGACGCGGAGGAAGCUACUGUUGCUAAAGUGAUUGACAGAUUUGAGGAUGAAACCUCAGAUGACAUUUUACCUGUUGGUAACAUAAGGAAAAGAGUUUCAGCCUCUCUCUUGGAAGCUGAUAAAAGGUACAGUGGAAAAGCCACAUCUCGCAAAGCUUUGCAAGAAGAGCUCUGGGGAGAUGCUCUGUCUGAAGAAGGAUCUGUUGAAGAGGCACUAGAUGACUGGUACAGCGGCAGUGAAGGUUCAGAAGAGGAUGACAGUGCAGGCACUAAAGCAAAGGAGAAGCCCAGCAGUGACCAGGAGGAUGACUUGGAUGAUGGUGAAGAGACAGAUCCAUCUACCAAGGACAAGGCACCAAAGUUCAGCUUCCAGAAUAUCACAGACUUCGAGAAAUUUGCAGAGGGGAUGGAUGAUGCAGGAAGCAGUGAAGGGGAAGAUGAAGAUGAAAAUGAAGAUGAAGAUGAAAAUGAAGAUGAUGAUGCCAACAUGGAAGAAGGAAGUGAGGAGGAGGAAGAGGAAUAUGGGAGUGAAAACCACGACGAUGCAAAGGAAGCCAAAGACAGCGAAGAUGAUGGGGGGGUGAUGACCUUCUCCAAAGGCCAAGAGUCUGAAGAAGUAGAGAAGGGCAAAGCUGUGAGGAACCAGCUAGCACUGUGGGAUCUGCUAAUGGAGGGGAGAAUCAAGAUGCAGAAGGCACUGGUGACAGCCAACAGGCUCCCCCAGCCAGACACCUACCCGAGGUUCAGAGAGGAGGGUGGACAGCAGUUUGACAACGCUGUGGAGAGCUGUUGUAAAACUCUGGAGGCCUUGCUGAAAGUGCUGGUGGAGCUUCAGGACGAGCUGCUUUAUCAGUACCCAGGCACGAGGCACCUGGUGGAUGGAAAGCAAGCAAAAGCUGAGAGUGAGGAUGAAAUCCCGAGCAGUAGCGAUGAGGAGCAGGUGGAUAAGGCCCAGGAGAAGAGGAGGAGCCUCCCCAAGCGAAAGCUGAAGUUUGAGGACUACCCUGAGUUCAUCGCCAAGCGCUACGCGGAGCUCAGGCCCUACCGGAACAGCGUCCUGCAGAAGUGGCACGACAAGACAAAGCUGGCAACUGGCAAAAUGGGAAAGGGUUUCGGUGCCUUCGAGCGCUCCAUCCUGACUCAGAUUGAUCAUAUCCUGAUGGACAAGGAGAGAUUGCUCCGGCGCACCCAGACCAAGCGCUCCGUGUACACCGUGCUGGGCAAGCAGGAGCAGGAGCCCCAGCCAGCCCCCCAGCCCGGGCCUGAGAACUCGGAAGUACUCCCUCCCUCAGAUUCCAACAGACACCUGAAGGACAUAGAUGAGGAGAUAUUUGAUGAUGAUGACUUUUAUCACCAGCUCCUCCGAGAAAUGAUCGAGCGUAAAACCACUUCCCUGGACCCCAACGACCAGGUAGCAAUGGGCAGGCAGUGGCUGGCCAUCCAGAAGCUAAGGAGCAAAAUAAAGAAGAAGGUGGACAGGAAAGCCAGUAAAGGAAGGAGAAUCCGGUAUCAUGUGCAUAGCAAGCUGGUGAGCUUCAUGGCACCUAUUGACCACUGCACAAUGAAUGAUGAUGCCAGCACCGCCGAGGAAAAGGACACCCAUACAUCAUCAUUAAACAUGGCACCCAGUGCAGAACGGGAGGCAAAAGGAGCCUUUUCUGCAGGAAAGUCAGGCAGGACAAAGGAGACGUGUUCCCAAGUGCACGCCGAGAUUCCGAGCGGGGAUUUGUAACUGGGGGAAGGUGGGGAGGACGUGUCGGGUUUGUUUGUACCUCUGCAAAUGGAUCUUCGUUAGGGAGGAGGAAUUUGCAUCCUUUAUGAGCCAAAUUAGAGGGAAGAAGAUGGCCCUGAUGGGACUGUGUCAAACCAAGCAGUGUCACCACAGUGGGGGAGCUGGGGAAGUUUUUUCCUGCUCUUCUGAGACCUUUCCAUGCUGUGUUUGCCCCCAGUUAGAGAACCUGUCCCUGCCUUCGGGCAGCACUGCUCAUACACCUUGUGGGGUGAGCUCAGCCAGAUCACCUGUUGGCCUGUGGUGGAAGUGACCUUUUUGUCCCUGGUUUGUAGGAAUCCCUGGUAUCUGCACCUCUGUGUCCUGGCUCCCUCCUUCCAGCUCCUGUGUCCUGCCCAGCUUUGUAGGGCUGCAUUUCCCCGACACAGGGUUUUUUUUUCUUUAGCAGAUGGUCACAGUUUUGUGUUUGACUUUGGAAGUGCAGACUUAAUGCAGCAGAACUGGGCUCAGGGCAGGACUCACUUCUCGAAAUCCCAUGGCCAAGUGCAAGAAAUGAAUCCCCUACCUCCACAGUCCCAUUGGCCUCAGGUCAAGUGUGGCACAAGAGCAUCCAGCCCACUCUUGCUCUUGCAUGAGCCUGCUGGGAGGCUGAAUUAACUCACAGAUUAUCCAGCUGCCAGAGGGGCUUGGAUUAGAGCAUUUCCCUUGGAUCCAGCCAGGACGUUGUGUAUUUUCCUGAUCAGCAUUCUCACUUCAGUGCGGUUGCUUUGUCACAGUGUGUCUCUGCAAGCAGAGGGGGGUACGUAGUAGGAAAUCCUGGUAUUAAAAGAUUAAUUUGCUUAUAUGACAUAAGAGUUUAAUAAAAAAAAAAUUUUAAAAAAAAAAGGUUGGUGAGAUACCAGCCUUUAACUUCGCUCACUUUGUACUUUGGGUAUUAAAACACCAUGAGAGGGGAUUAAUGGAAGAAUUUGGGCUCUGCGAUUGUCAAUCCAGUACCUUCACCCCCACAGAAUUCCUGAGAGGAAGCAAAGCCCUUCUUUCUGGAACAACUAAACCAGUGGCUUCUGUGCUGCACGGCACAAACCUCGGUGUUGGUGUGAGAAAAGUGAUUCUGAGUUUAUUCAGGCACUGCCUGGAAGAAGGACUGUCCUGCUUUGGCUUUGUUUCGGGAAACAAAGGGAGAGAGUAUGAACGUGGAGGGCAAUCUCGGAGUGUGCAGGGCUCUGAUGUUUUAGGGAAUUUGGGGUGUUUGUGGCACGAGGCUGUGGGUGGGAGGGGGAGUUUCCUGCCUGGGCUCUGGGGCUGCUGAAAGAACCCCCUCAGGGGAGACGUGGGCUCUCUUGGGAGGGUGCUGUGUAACCUGCUGCACACCUGGGCUGGAGGAGAGCAUGAAGCAGAAGCAAGAACAUGUGUUGUUCCUAUAAAACUAAACCUGCUUGGCCUCAUCCAGAGGCAUUGUGACUUUGGGAUCACAGAAUCCCAGAAUGGUUUGGGUUGGAAGGGACCUUAAAGCUCAUGUCA